AUGGCUACUGCCUACCACCACGACCACGACUUGGUGGCCAAACAGCCGUCGGCUAAUUUGGACACGUCUUCUCCGAGACAACCAGCGGGCUCUGCAGAUGCCAGGGAGCUGCCGCCCUCGCCUUCGCAGCCGUCGCCAUUUGUCGUGAAGCCGGCACCCAAUUUGGCCGGCGUGGUUCCCCCAGUGCGAUACAGAACUCCCAAUCACCAACAAGCCCUUGCCAACCAGGGAGCACAGCUCCAAAGACAGCCUCCUCACUCCUCGCCUCGAUUCCCUACUCUUAACCGGCCGCUGCCUGGCCCGGUAGCUCAGCCUGCCACCCCUGCGCUCCGUCAGAACCCCACGGCGUUUCCUCAGGUCCCGUUGGUAGGCACACAGGGCGCUCAGGCGCCUCCGCGUGUACCUUCGGUGCUAUCCUCCAGUCACAACCCAAAGUCUGGUAUCCAAAAGCCGUCUCGUCCCUCCCCGAUCUCUCCUAUUGCCUCGCCUCACCAGGCGUCCCCCAGCAUCGGUACCGGGUUCCCACCGCUGACAGCGCCUGCACAGUCCGGCCCUGCCAUCGAGGGACGAUCACUGCCGGCGCAGGCCACCACCGCUCAAGAGAGGCGCGCCAACUGGCAGCCAGGUCACCCGUUUCAAGGCGUACCGCUGGAGGGAACCUACCUCGACCCAGCCCGGGAAACGACCGCAGAUGAAGAGGAAGACGACGGGAAGAUCGUCUACCGCCAGCGUCGACGCAAGGAUGGUCGACGAGGCCGAUACAACCCACGGCAAGUAAGCGAGGAUAGGUACGAGGAUCGGGAGGAAGCGCCGAGGAACCAGUACAGACGGCCGAAGGCGGUACAGCAGGACGAGUACAGAGAGCAUGAGAAAGUUCCGCGGAAACGGUAUGACGCCCCUAAGGAGACUCAGCGGGACUAUUACGACGCUCCGGAGGAGGUGCAGCGGGACCGGUACAACAACUUCUACCGGAACAGCUACUCCCGCCAGCGAGUGGAGCCCAUCACCGACAGCAGUGAGUUCUUCGGCGAGGAGGAGGGGCGUCACGGUGGACACGGGGGUGAACGCGGUCACCGGCACGCGCUGGGAGAGAACCACGGAUACCCUCGUGACCACGCAGCGCGUCACGUCUAUGGGGACGGACAUCGUGCCGGUGAUCCUUACAACAUCCGACCGACAGAUGAACAGGUGGAUCGUGAGCACGCCAGGGAGCAGGAGCACGAUCACUACUACAGCCAACAGAGGUUCGACGACGAGUACGAUGAUGAGCGGGAUGAGGGCCGACGCGGCAAGAGGAGGCGCCAGAAGCAGCGCCGACACAGGGGUUACGGGCUGGAGCGAGGUGGUCCCGCAGAGCGACCGAGGUACGCUGAAUACGACCGACAGCAGGACACCGAGAAAGAUGUGAGGAACGAGGGUAGCAGGUACAAUAGAGCCCGGCAGGCGGGGAGACAGCAGCCUCCUCGACCUGAUGAGGACUACAGCGACUACCCAGCGGACUAUCCUGCGGACUAUCCGGCCGAAUACCAGGAAGACUAUGACGGAGACUACUCGGACGACUACGACCGAGAUUAUACAGCCGACUACCCCGACUCAGAGGAGGCUCGCUUUCCUGUGUCGGAAGACCGUCGCCGGUACCCGCUAGAAAGACGACGACCUUCCCUCAACACUGUCACUACGCGUCGCGCGUAUGCUCCGGAGAACUACACUCCGGAAAAAUACACUCCGGAAAGCUACACUCCUACCCGGCGAAGCUCCUUUCGAGGGAUUCCUUACGCAGUCGAGAACUACGACAGCACUGCCGACGUUCGGAGAGAGCCGGCGACCGAGAUUCGUCCGGAGCGGGCGGCCGACGAAACCUUGAAAGGACCCGAGCGUCAGGAGAAAGCUGUCGUCCAUCGCAGGUGGGCCAGAUCUGUCCCUUCCCAGCAGCUAAGUGAACUGCUUAGUGUCAAUCACACUGCAGCGCUUAGGGAUCUGAUCCGUGUCAUGGAGACGGUUCGCAGCUCAGAUGUGAGCUCACAGAGUCCGGUAAAGCUCGAUCAAGAAUCAGAGCCUGGGGCGGAGGAAACUGCCGUCUCAGUUAGUCGCGAUGCAGAAAAUCCUCUCGAAGAAGAAUAUCCGGAUGAACACGAGGAGCUACCCAACGAGAUGGGAUCCGGCAUUGCGUCCAGUGGCAAGUCAGAAAAAGAGUCUAGCCAUAACCCAGACGUAUCACUAGACGGAAGUAUCGGUACCAACCAUGAAAGUGAGAAUCAAACAGCACCUCACAUCGACGAGACGCAAGUACGUGACUCCCGGCCCAACACAGAGACCUUCAGUGGUGACCACUGGCACGUGCAAUGGGAAAGUCUGAAGCACAACGUUCCUGCCUUCCGCCGUGGGCUGAACAGUGUAUCUAGCCCGACUUCCGUCAAACGCCAUCUAUACAGCAACACUCUUGAACAAGUGGCCAACCAUGUUGAGCGUGAUGGCCAAUCAUCCUCACCAGCUGCGGAACGAACGUUGAGCGUCUCUGCCUCGGAGCGAUCAACGCCUACACGGGCAGCUUAUUUCGACGAGCCCCUGCAGAGACAACAGCGGCAUGUGGCCUCUUCUGUCAGUGACCGCCCGGCACAGAUCGCAGUCAGCGAGCGAAGGAGCAGCGAUGCUCCCGGAGCUCUGAGGGAAAUCGAGCCAGUUCAGACCAACAAACUUCACAGCGAGUUCGAUCAGCUCGACGGUCGCCAGAGACUGCAGCGUCUCACCGGCGCAUCGGGUGACGACGAAGUACCUGGAGGAUACCGCGAUUCGCUGGGCAGUCGUCGGCCCGGAGGCGUACCCGACGGACAUUAUGACGACGAAAACCAGUACCACGACAACGACCCAAAGAGGGACGAAAACCGUGAUCGGUACCCGACCAAUGAUCGACGCCCGGCCGAGACUCCAAACUACGACAUUAUUACACCCAACGAGCUUGCCAGUGAUGUCACAAGUUAUGAGAAGCCCCGCCGAUACCGACGGCCUGAGGGAGACACGAAAUAUGAUGACCGUCGCCAGGAAAAUAAUGAAAGAGAUACGGGCUACCGUUCCGAUGGAGACAAGGAGCAGAACAAUGUUCCCUACCACCAGCGUCCCCAGCACGGGCAGUUUUAUGAAGGCGGCAGACGAUAUGAAGACGAAGAAAGACAUCCCUAUAGACGUUACCCGGAAGGAGGCACACGUUAUUCCGACUCCAACAAGGCCGACAGUGGUUACCAGGCGAAUGAAGAAAAACCGUCCGCGUACCGCAGGCCUUCAGGAGACCCCAGUUACUAUGGCGAUGAAAGAAGACCGUCAGAAAGCCCCAGUUACUAUGGCGAUGAGAGGAGGCCGACGGAUGCCACCGGCUACCGCCAUGACGACAGACCACCUCAUUCCACUCGUUAUUAUGACAGUAGGAGGCCUUUAGACCACGCUUACCAUGGGGACGAAAGAAGACCGUCGAACGACAACGUCUAUCGCGGAGAUGGGAGGAGGCCGUCUGAUGAUGGCCGUUACUAUAGUGACGAGCGGAGGCCAUCUGAUGACGGUGGUUACCAUGGUGAUGAAAGGAGGCCAUCAAAGGACAGUGAAUAUCGUGGAGACGAAAGGAGGCCAUCGGAUGACGGCAGUUACCAUAGUGACGAUCGAAGGCCUUCUGAUGAUUCUAGUUACCAUGGUGACCAGCGGAGGCCGCCAGCUGACGCUAGUUACCAUGGUGAUGAGCGGAGGCCGCCAGCUGAAGGCAGUUACUAUGGAGACGAGCGGAGGCCGCCAGCUGACGAUGGUUAUCAUGGUGAUGAGCGGAGGCCAUCUGAAGACGACGGAGGACGACGAUACCUGCACGACGAGCCGGAAGAACGCCCCCAAUAUUACAGAGAACCCGACUCGCGCUACCCGAACUCGGCAGAGGAUACCGGUGAUGGAGGCUACUACAAGACACCCCAUCCUGAAGAGGUAGAGCAGCAGCGACUCUACCGACGACCAGAUGAGCAAGGCCAAUAUUCAGCUGACGGUGGCCGGGACGAGAACGAGAGCGAGGACUAUCCUCAGGAUGGCAGCCAACAGUCGGGCACCCAGGAAACGGAGGAGGACUUAUACAGCGGUCCUAACCAGGGCUAUUACGACAACGGGGCACCCGGCUACUAUGGUAACGACGGACCUGGCUUCACCCGUAACCAAGGCGACGAUGGACCCGUCUACAACCGUAACCCUGGAAACGAUGGACCUGACUACAGCCGAAAUCAAGGAGAUGACAGACGAUACAACACGGAUAGAACCGGAGACAGAACGUCUCAUGGAGCGACCUCGUCACCUGUCCGUGCUAAAGUCCCCGAGCCGGACCAGAGCGAGGCAGACCGCCAGGUGAGCAGCUUCAUCAGCCAGAUGUUCAAGGAGUACGACCCGUUCCGACGCUCGGAGCAGGCCGUCUGAGGGCAAGACGAUCACUCUCUGUGAGCUCGGCUAAAGCGGCACCGACGAUCCGCACCGAUACCGACGAUACCGACCGAUAAGUCGCGCCGCCUGCAGAUGCUGUUUGUUGACAGUGGAGCCCGUGUGGUGUCGGGGCCGUCGCCCUACGAUCGGGUAGCCGGGGGGAAGGGGGGCUCGCACUCCGACCAACAGGCGGUGAAUCCGGUGUGGGACCUAUCUGUGCAAGAGCGCUGUAUGUCAUAUGAGACAAUGUAAGGCUUACCUGCGUGCCUUCGCAUAGGCUUUCAUCGGGAAUAUGGCAGCUAGACCCAAAGAUAUUAUAUGAUCGUUAUUGUAUCCUUGCCAGCACUGGUCAUUGGUGCACAGUGGCACUAUUUGUUUAUGGUACAUGAGUGAGUUGUUUUAUGUUGUCUGUUACACAUCCUACGUAUAUGAUAUAUACUCACAAUAGUUGAA